AUGAAAGAACUGUUUUCAUUCAUUGUGUUCUUUCUCGGUGUAUGUGUGAUGGCUGGGAAAUACUCUCGGGAGUUAAACGAGCCCAUCAAAACUGGCGACGGUGAUGAACAGACGAUCGAAUUCAGGGUAUCCAAGUUGAACCAGGUGUGGAACAAGGCUUUACGGAUGAAGUUGUCCCCUGUGAAGCAAGCUGAGCUGCACAGUGACCUGAAAAUGCAGGAGAAGGCUGAGCUGCAAUGGAAGAAAUUCAAGGUUGAGGGACUGGAUGAAAACGGAGAGAAAGAGGCCCAAAUCCGCCGUAACUUUAAUGUGAUCCUGGCCAAGUAUGGAAUGGAUGGCAAAAGAGACACCAGACCCCUGGAGAGCAACUCUCUCAAGGACCAUGACGUUAGAGAUGGCGAUAUAUUUGAAGAUCCCAAACUGGAUAAACUGUGGAACAAGGCAAAAAGCUCCGGGAAGUUCACUGAGGACGAGCUGCUGAACCUGAAGAGAGAGUUUCAGCACCACAAGGACAAGAUCCAUGAAUACAACAUCCUCAUGGAUACUGUGAGCAGGACAGAGGAGAUCCACAAGAAUGUAAUCUCACCCCUGGAGGGUGCCGGCAAAGAGCAGGCGGUGCAACAGAAGCACACGGAGCUGAAGCAGAAGAUGAGCGACCUCAACCAAGGCUUCGCGCGCCUCCGUAAGCUCAGCCACGAGGGCUUCACAGAGGACAGCGAAUUCCGGGAGCCUCGUGUGAUUGAACUGUGGGAGGCUGCCAAGAGAGCCAACCUCAGCAAUGAUGAGCUGGACUCUCUCAAGGAGGAGCUGCAUCACUUUGAGACCAAGGUGGAGAAGCACAGCCACUAUCAGGAGCAGCUGGAACUUUCCCACCAGAAGCUACAACACGUGGAGGCUUUAGGAGACAAACAGCACAUCAAGAAGAACCAGGAGAAGUACAACACCCUGGCUGAGAAGACCAGGGAGAUGGGCUACAAGAUGAAGAAACACAUGCAGGACUUGCACAACAAAAUAUCUGGUCAAGGGCUGGGCCACAAUGAGCUGUGAGGCCAUCGCUCGUGACAACGCCGGUGAAGAAUCAAUGAAUUCAACUAAGUAUUACUUCCCCUCUCAUACUAACUCAGUUGAGCCACUGUAAAACAAUGUUUUGUUUUUUUUCUACCUUAGUAUUAGUGUGUUGAAUUGUUGUCCAAUCACAGAACAAAUUGUUUUUUGUACAUACUAUGAAAAAGAUUGCCCUAUAAACCAGCAUUUUUGUAAUCAUCAGAUUUGUUGUAUGUAAUCAAUAAAGUUGAAAUAUGACAGUAACAACAUGUAAGGAACUAAAAC